UGAAAGGGCUUCGAAGUGGAACGAACAUUCAACGGACAUCAAUGCAGGUGUGUCAAACACGUUGAAAUGCAAAUGAAAGGUCUGCUAAGUGGGCUACAUUGCAAUGAGAAUCUGUUUAGGCAUCCCAUUCAAAGGGAAAUUUGAGAAAAAAAUUACAAACCACUUUACGUGGCAAUGUAUGUGCACAUACUGCAAGUGCUAAUGCGUGGCGGUAAAAGGUAUCCUGACAACUUCGUCACUUCAGAGACAGCAGAAGGUACAAGGAUUCUUCGGGUUUCUUAUUCCCCUAAACUGGAGCAUAUCAGGAUUGCUCGACUGAAAUUUGUAUCAGCCUGAAGAAUAAGGCGUAGUCUGCACAUUGGAGCUGGGAAAUUGAGUGUUAUGAGACAAAGUAAACUCGCUGUACUUACAUGUAUCGUUUGCUGAUGCAUGUAGGCUUGCGUUAUAGAAGCUUGAAGUCCGACUCUUUCCGUGAUGCGUACUCGAUUCCUGAUUUACCAGGCAAGUAUCUUUUCAGACAAGUACCCCGUUUCAUCUUCAGUUUUCAUUUUGCCAUUUAAAGACGGAGCCUGUCGUGGAGGAUUCCAUAUUAGGACAACUGGAUUGGUCAAAAGGAGAGCUCUCGGAUUAACUGAUUCGAUUUCAUAAACAGCUGGUGAGCUGGGCGUUUAAGAAUGACACGCAAGAACUGUUUACUGAUAGCGACAAUCUGGGCAGUAAUCCUGUGCCAGAUCUGUGGCCUGUUCAUGCUGCUCUCGUAUGGGAACUCCGGACGGACUCCCACAGCGAAGGUAGCAAGCGUCACUAACUCGGAGAGCAUUAUCCAAAGGAAAGACUCGCCAAGAAAAGGGGAGAGUGUGGUUUAUACUCACAAUAUAAAGUUAUCAACUGGCAGUAACUUUACGUCCAGAGAAGUCAGCAAUGACUCAGUCCCUGUGAAGUUACUGACCUCACACGACCAAAAAACGAGCAUUGGUUCCAUUACUGGUGAAAAACCUACCCCCCCGAUGAAUAACUCAGACGUGAUAAGAGCUGUGACUCCGAGUUCACAGGAUCGAAAUGGUUCCGGGCAAGUCAUUAAUCCGCAUGGAUACGGUUUGCUCAUAGAUGAGCCUCAAGCUUGUUUGGAUGCUGCAGGAGCUCCCAAGGAAGUGUUUUUGCUGGUGUUUGUAACCAGCAUUCACGCACACAUCGAGCAGCGACAGGCCAUUCGCGAGACCUGGGGAAGCCCGCGGGAGGUGAGGGGCAAGGAGAUUGUCACGCUGUUUCUGUUUGGAUACAAUGGAAACGCGAACCUUCAGCGACAGCUGGAGGAGGAGUCUAGAAAGCACCACGAUGUGCUCCAGGAGGACUUCCAAGACGCCUACAGGAACAUGACGCUGAAGACCAUCAUGGGGAUGAAGUGGGCCAGUACGCACUGUCCCCAGGCCUCCUACGUCAUGAAGACGGACGACGACAUGUACAUCAGCUACGACAAUCUCAUCAAGCUCCUCACCAAUGCAACAACCCCGUCUACAAACUACACAGUUGGGUAUCUUGCCAUCAGAUCAGCUCCCCGUCGGAGACCUAACAACAAGUGGUACAUGCCGAAGCAGUUGUUUCCUGACCCGGUGUAUCCAUCAUACGUCACAGGAGGGGGGUACGUAUUGUCGAACGACGUAGUCCGUAAAGUUUACGAAAAGUCGCUUGACACCAGAUACCUUCCAAUUGAGGACGUCUUUGUCGGUGUGUGUUUGAAGCUACUGAAUAUUAUACCCAUUGGAAACAAAGAUUUUAACCUACAUCAUGUCAACUACUCCCGUAAACUCUAUAAAACUUUGAUUAAUUCUCACGGAAUGGCUCCCAAGGAAAUGCGUAGAAUAUGGAGCGACCAGCUGAAAGCCACACUCCGCUAAGCCCAUUAAUAAAAGUUAUACACUCAAAAUAUUCUACAUACUAUAAAGGGUCUUGAGAGUCAUGGAAUUGGGGAAUUAAAGAAACAUGGCACUGAAUCUCUGGCCCGACCUCAGGGCUUUCAAUUCUGAGCAAUUUGGAUGCAAUCGGGUGCGAAAGUGAGACUGUUUAGCCGUUUUACAGAGGGAUGCAUUUUCAAAAUGACUACUUUCCGGGCAGUGAAAUUUCCUCCAAUUUGCUUUGGAUGAGAAUUUCUCAACAUUCAUCGGUUAACCCACUAAAAAUUAAAAGGAAAAUGAAAGAGGACAUGUCCAACAUCAUUUUUCUGUCCAACCUGGACACCUGUGAGAGUUGUAUUUUUUUAUAUAUUUGUGAAGUAUGUCGAUUUAUCACUGCUGUCUAUAGGAAUUUAUUUCCUGUGGCACACCCUAUGCGCGGCGCCAGGUAAUGGGGGAUAAUCUUUCGGACAAAGGGCUGUACGCGGCACUAUGUGGUAGCCAGUGGGUGAACCUCGGUCUGAUCUAAUCCUACAUAUGAAGCAAACUAUUGGACAGAGAGAGCUCCCCCCCCCGCCUUUGGUUGGUCAUUGCUAUAUUGGUAACUUAGGAAUUCUUUUCAGACACCUGGGGGUGUGACAAUAGGCUGGAGUGUGUAUAGGAAUUGGACUUGUUGGGGGUACCCCUCUGUCCCAUUUCGUGCCUGGUAUAUUACUAUAGUCCUUGGACAUUAAUAAACGAGAGAGGGCGAGCACAUGCUGAACGGUCUUGCGUUCGGUUUACUACACGGGGAUAAUCUGGUCGAUACAAGAAGAAGGCCCUGCUGGCCCUGGCUGAAACUCUUUAUCCUUGAACUAGUGUUUUACGUCCUGUUACCCUAUACAUGUACAUGUUUGUGGUUUUUACAAAUUCAAACCGAGCGGAGUAUUACUGUUGAUCUUUAUUGUUGAGUAAAUGUAAAAUACAUCAUAAUAUAAAAAUUAUGAAUUCUCGUGGGCGGCAUGACGUCAAAGAUAUUCGGCCUCCUUCUGGUAGCUGGGGCAUGUCUCCCUAAUGAUUAGGGAGAUAAAUUUUGCGACCUCAGGGAGACAUCAUUAAAUGAUAAAGUUAACGUUAAAGUUCAACACAGAGAGCCUCGGUUUCGAUGCAGAUAUGCGCAGACGGCGCUAAUGUGAAAUCCCUCUGUUAUUUCCUUGUAUUUUUACAGCCACCCUGUGGGUCCCUCACACAACAUAAUAACAGUGUAGCAAUUUCUUCAUAUAACCAGCUGUACGCUGUUGGUAGGUUUGAUGUAUUAUACACUGUGUGUACAAUUUCUUCUUAAAAUCUGAGAAUAAAGAUCGAUAAAGAUCUUCAAGGCAUUGCGGUUGAGGGAAGGGAAUUUCGAACAUCCCAGUAUGCUGACGACACGGUUUUGUUCGCGAAUGGCUCAGCGAAGUCAAUGCAGGCUGCUUUCAGAAUUCUUGACCAAUUUGCUGAUAUGUCUGGUUUAAAGAUUAACGUUGAGAAGACGAAUGCCAUUUGGGUUGGUUCAAUGAAAGAUAGUGAGGAUAAGCUUUGUGAAGAGAUCAACGCGAACUGGGUCGCGGCUAAGCAACCUUUUAGAACUCUUGGUAUUGACUUCUCCACUGAUCUUAACUCUAUGAUUUCGCUGAAUUACAAUAGGAUUAUCCCGACGUAACGUGGCCAAAUUUUUAAUUGGUCAAAGAGACAUUUAACAGUGUUGGGCAGAAUUGCUUUAGUUAAAUCAUUACUUGUGUCAAAACUUAUCUACCUUGUGUUAACCCUUCCUGAUCCUCCCUGUGAUAUGAUUAAGGAGUUAAAUAGUCUGGUUUUUAAUUUUAUUUGGAAAAGACACGACUGAGUGGCCAGAAACCAAAUUAUCCAAGAUUGUGGUCAGGUUGGGUUGCAAAUGGUUGACGUUCGGCUUUAUUUAGAAGCUCUGAAAGUUACCCGGUUACGUAGACUCCUUAAAGCUCAGCCCUCAGGUAGGUCUACUUUGUGCAACUGUAUUUUUGAUAUCUCCCGAUUGUCCUUAGUGGAAGGUGGUUCAAUUAAAUCGAUUGGUGCCUGGAUAGUUCGUAACGCCUUUUAGUUCGAUGUGUUUACAGCAUGGUCUAACUUUACUCGGGCCCAUUUGCCUACAACGAAAGCGGAGGUAUGGAGGAGUUCUCUUUGGUUCAAUGAUAAAAUUAAGAUUAAUGGCAGAUGUAUUUAUUACAAACAUUGGUUGAGUAAAGGUGUUAAGUUUAUUGGUGAUUUAAUAAAUGAGAAUGGCAUUUUUGUUUCUCUGGAUGAGUUUAAGAAUGUAUUUGAUGUCAACACCAACUUUUUAGAGUACGGUGGAGUGUUGAGAGCAAUUAAGUUGUCUUUUAGAGAAUUCAUGUCAGACAGUUCAGUUAUUUACUUCCCAUUUUUGCCGUUCAACUUCAAGCGCUCUUAAAGGACCAGAAAGGAUCACGAGGGAUCUAUGAUGUUUUAGUGUCUUCUAAACGUGUGCCAAGAAAAUUCAUAGAUAAGUGGAAUGUUAAACUGAAUAUAGAUUUUGAUUUUUCGAAGUGGUCUUUAAUUUUAAAUACUUGAACAGUUGACACUAAACUACGUUGGUUCCAAUUUAUAUUAAUACACCGGAUCCUGGGAACUAAUUUAUUGUUGUCUAAGAUUGGUAAGGCAGACACCAAUCUUUGUACAUUCUGUAACGAGGAAGAGGAGACACUUGUUCAUCUUUUUUGCUCGUGUACCUACUCUAUCUUUUUUUGGUCCUCGGUAUUUCUAUGGAUUAAAGAGAAGACCAAUCCGUCUAUUGCGAGGGACAAUAACGUCUUUUCAUUUAGCAACACCAAUGUUACACGUCAUGGUAAAGUGGUUACUUUAAUAUUGUUCAUCUGUAGAUUCCAUGUGUAUAAAAUGAAAAUGAAUAAAAAACGACCCUCAAUUUCUGUCUUAAAAAAGGAUUUUAUUUAUUUGAUGGAAAAAUUCAUGUUUUAUGGAACUUGAACUAGCUCCAAAUUUCACAAGAAAUGGGACCAAUUAGUCAUAUUAGGCCAAGGCUAGUAGGUUUUUAGUAUUAUUGAAAUUUUAAUCUGUAUUUCUUAUUUUAUAAAUUGAUAGCAUGGAUGUUUAAAAGGACACAGUGAACAAUAAAGGAGAAUCCCAGAAAAAAAUCUGAGAAUGAAAAUUA